AUGGCGCCUAGUGAUAGUCCUGAGGCCAAGAGCAUCUCCGCCUACGGCGUAGCUCGGUCGACUAUCAAGCCAGAAAAGCUACUUGAUCAGGAUGAAAUUCGCAAGAUAGACGCUUAUUUCCAGGCAAGUUUAUACUUGUGCCUCGGCAUGCUCUAUUUGCGUGACAAUCCCUUGCUCAAGGAGCCACUCAAAAAAGAGCAUAUCAAAGCUAGAGUUCUGGGGCACUGGGGGUCUGAUGCAGGCCAAUCUUUCACGUGGAUUCACCUGAACCGCGUGAUAAUCAAGUAUGGCCUCGAAAUUCUUUAUAUAUCAGGUCCUGGGCAUGGAGCCCCUGGAAUUCUGUCACAGUCAUAUCUUGAGGGAGUAUAUACAGAAGUGUACCCAGAUAAGACCCAGGAUGAGGAUGGAAUGCGGAGAUUUUUCAAACAAUUCUCGUUUCCCGGAGGAAUCGGUAGCCACGCUACUCCAGAGACACCCGGGAGCAUUCAUGAAGGUGGCGAGCUGGGAUAUUCAAUUUCUCAUGCUUUUGGAUCCGUCUUUGACCGUCCAGACCUCAUAACUAUUGCUGUUGUGGGCGAUGGCGAGGCCGAGACAGGGCCAUUAGCUACAAGCUGGCAUAGUACGAAGUUUCUGAAUCCCAUAACAGAUGGCGCUGUUCUUCCGGUAUUGCAUUUAAAUGGGUACAAGAUUAACAACCCAACUAUCCUAGCUCGGAUUAGCCAUGAAGAACUGGCAUCUUUGUUCAAAGGAUAUGGCUGGACACCGUAUUUUGUGGAAGGUAGCGAUCGUCAUAGCAUGCACCAAGCAAUGGCUGCAACCGUUGAGCACUGUAUUUUGCAGAUCAGGAAAUUCCAGAAGCAAGCACGAGAAUCUCAAACCCCAUUCCGGCCUCUCUGGCCGAUGAUUGUCCUGAGAACCCUCAAAGGAUGGACUGCCCCGCAUGAUCUUGAUGGCAAAAAACUUGAAGGCUUCUGGAGGGCACAUCAGGUGCCUAUACCAGAUGUCGCUGUCAAUCCCAACCAUUUGAAAAUACUAGAAUCGUGGAUGCGAAGUUACAACCCAGAGAAACUUUUUGAUGAGAGUGGUGAGCUGAAUUCUGAGCUCAAGGCGCUGGCACCAAUUGGCAAUGCACGUAUCAGUGCAAACCCGGUCGGGAAUGGCGGUAUUCUACGCAAACCACUGAAUCUGCCUGACUUCCGCAAAUAUAUGCUUCCAGAUAUUGAGGCUGGAAUCUCAGUCGCUGGCAGCAUGACUAAUAUGGCAAAGUUUUUGCGAGAUGUGAUUUCAGCGAACAUGACUAAUUUUCGGCUUUUUGGGCCCGAUGAGACAGAGUCUAACAAACUCGGUGAAGUCUACAAGGCAACCCAGAAAGUGUGGCUUGGUCAGUAUUUUGAGGAGGAUAAAGACGGAGGAAAUUUGGCUACAUCGGGACGUGUUAUGGAAAUGCUCAGCGAACACACGGUCGAGGGGUGGCUGGAAGGAUACAUUCUCUCCGGACGUCAUGGGUUGCUGAAUAGUUACGAACCUUUCAUUCAUAUUAUUGAUUCUAUGGUGAACCAACAUUGCAAAUGGCUUGAAAAAUGUCUCGAAAUUGAGUGGCGCGCUAAAGUGGCGUCCCUCAAUAUUUUACUUACUGCGACCGUUUGGAGACAAGAUCACAAUGGCUUUACUCAUCAAGAUCCCGGAUUUUUGGAUGUUAUCGCAAACAAAAGUCCCGAGGUCGUCCGCAUCUACCUACCGCCUGAUGGUAACUGUCUCUUGUCCGUUAUGGACCAUUGCCUUCGAAGUAUGAACUACGUCAAUGUCAUAGUAGCCGACAAACAGGAGCAUAUUCAAUUCCUUGGCCCACAAGAUGCCAUCGAACACUGUGCUAAGGGUGUGGGCAUCUGGGACUGGGCAAGCAAUGACCAGGGCAAGGAACCGGACGUGGUAUUGGCUGGAUGCGGUGACGUGGCCACAAAUGAAGCUCUAGCAGCGACCGCCCUUCUUCGAGAAUACUUGCCGAAUUUGAAGAUCCGAUUUGUUAACGUGGUAGAUUUAUUCAGACUUAUAUCUGGAACCGAGCAUCCUCACGGAAUGUCCGAUAAAGAGUGGGGUGCCAUUUUUACUGUGGACAAACCCAUCAUCUUCAACUUCCAUUCGUAUCCUUGGCUCGUACACCGCCUUACCUACAAACGACCUGGUCAAUACAAUCUGCACGUGAGAGGCUACAAAGAGAAAGGGAACAUUGAUACGCCGUUCGAGCUGGCUGUUCGGAACCAAACUGACAGAUAUAGCCUUGCAAUCGAAGCUAUCGAUCGCAUCGAAUCUCUGGGAAAUACUGCCUCCGCAGUUCGAGAAAGGUUCAUUAAGCUCCAAUUAUCAGCUAUUUCUGUAGCAUAUGACAAGGGAAUCGACCCAGAACACAUUCGAAAUUGGCGAUGGGCUUUUCCGAGCAAAAGCUAG